AUGGAAACGGAUAGUCUGCUGAUCGGCAGUGUGAACGGAGCCUCUGGGGAUUAUGGCUCCGGGUCGGGCACGGGGCGCGGAGGGGCUUCGGCCAGCAGACGAAUGUCGUACUCAGUCGCCCGGGAGUCGUGCAGCGUUGAGGGAGGAUCAGAUGAUGAGGACCUCUACAUCCAACAAGCUGUUGUAUUCAUCGAGGACGCCAUACAGUACCGGUCCAUCAACCACCGGGUCGAUGCCAGCUCUCUCCGCAUGUAUCGAUGGUACUACUCCAGGAUAUGCCAGUGGGGCUUGGGCCUAACCAUUGCAAUGGUGUUGUUGCUGGCAUUUGUUGAGCGCCCGUCCUCCCUGUCCAUCUCCUCGGACCCCCGGUUUCGCUCUCCACCCUGGGAGCCGCCCUGUGGUUUAACCGAGAGCAUCGAAAUGGUCUGCCUCAUCAUCUUCUCUUUUGAUCUUGCUGUCAAGAGCUACUUGAUUGGCUGGGAGGAAUUCAGAAAGAGCAAAUGGCUGGUUGGCUACACAGUCAUCAUUUCGUUCUCUAUCAUCGACUGGGUGUUGUCUGUCAGCAUGGUGUGUGAUGAGAAACUGAGAAUAAGACGACUGCUCCGGCCGUUCUUCCUCCUGCAAAACUCUUCCCUGAUGAAAAAGACUCUGAAGUGCAUUAAGAGGACUCUGCCAGAGAUUGCAAGUGUCAUCCUGCUGCUGGCCCUUCACCUCUGUCUCUUCACAAUGAUUGGCAUGCUGCUGUUUGCUAAAACAGAGGAUCCAAAGAAGAAUGAGGAGUGGAGGUUACAUUUCAGAACUAUGCCUGAUUCACUCACCUCUCUGUUAGUGCUGCUCACAACAGCUAACAACCCUGAUGUGAUGAUCCCGGCCUACUCCCUACACAGAGCCUAUUCCAUUUUCUUUGUUGCCUUCAGUGUUAUUGGAACCUACUGUCUGAUGAACUUACUGACAGCCAUCAUCUAUAACCAGUUCAGGGGAUAUUUACUGAUGUCGGUCCAAACGUCCAUCAUCAGGAGACGAUUGGGGAUCAGAGCUGCUUUCCAAGUCCUCACCUGCCAGGCAGCUCAACAGGCUGCUGAGGAGCAUGUGCUUCUUGAUUCAGUACUGAGGGUGAUGUCCAGGGUCCAGAUGAAGAGCUACUACAGAGCUGCCAUCACUACGGAGGCACAGCAAUACGCAGAUGUGGGCUACAUGGAUAGAGAACAGUUCAGGAAAAUAUUUGAUGAACUUGAUAAAGAUCGCAUUAAGGAGCACCCUCCCUUGCCUCAGUACAACUCUCCAGUUCUGCAGAGACUCCAGGUAGUCUUCAGUCACUACUAUCUCACCAUACUGGGUAAUGCCGUGGCACUGGCCAAUGUCAUGUGCAUAUGUACCAUCCUGGUGUUGAACUCUGAAAAGUCCAUAGCAGAGAGAGACAACUACAUCAUGGAGAUCAUCAACCUGUGCUUCAUCCUCUAUUACCUGUUUGAAAUGUGUGUGAAGAUCUUUGCCUUUGGCUGGAGAGGGUACCUGUCCUACAGAAACAACAUCUUUGACGGCUUUCUCACCAUCCUGCUAUUGGUUCUACAGAUCACUAUUUAUGUCACCUACAGGCUCCCUUAUUCUCACUGGGACCCAUCCUCUCAUGGUGUAAUGUCUCUGUGGGAGAUGGUUCGCUUGGUCAACAUGCUGAUUGUCUUCCGCUUUCUGCGCAUUAUCCCAGAUAUUAAGCUCAUGGCUUUGGUCGCAAGUACUCUGUUGGACCUGUUGAAAAACCUCAGAGCCUUUGCAGGGAUACUGGUGGUGGUGUACUAUGUGUAUGCUGUGUUUGGGAUCUGGCUGUUUGAGGGAGCCAUUAAACCUCCUCCAGAGAUAAGUGUACUUUCCAAUACUACCAUGGAGAACAUCACCUCCAACUUCAGCAUGGAGUGUGGCACAUAUGAACAGCUGGGCUACUGGCCAAAUAACUUUGAUGACUUUGCUGCAGCCAUCAUUUUGCUGUAUGAUGUCAUGAUAGUCAACAACUGGCAGGCCUUCAUGGAUGCAUACAGCAGAUACACCACAGAGUGGGCCAAGAUCUACUUUGUGAGUUGGUGGCUCACCUCCUCUGUCAUGUGGGUCAACCUGUUUGUGGCGCUCAUCCUAGAGAAUUUCAUCUAUAAGUGGGACCGCAGUCACAGCUGCUCUGUAACAGAUGUGGAGAAGAUCCGAUAUGAAACUUCUGUUCAGCUCAUAUUCAAAGAGCAGAUCCAGGAGCCAACAGAGGAGGAAUUACUUUGUCAACUACAUCAACAUCCUCACUUAAACUUACAUUGGUGACACACACGCACACACACACACCCCAAAAUGAAUGUCAUCAACGAGUCGGUACUGUUUUUACAUGACUGUUGUGGGAGCAUUGGGAGGUCAAAGUUGCUGUAUUUUGCCACUAGUUUAUUAGAAUUUGUAUUAUGGUAAUAACUUAUACUGAACCCAUAGGAGGGACAUGUUCUUAUUAUUUGUCUUGUUUUCAGUUUGUACAAAGGUCUCACUGAAAGAGAGAGAGAGCAUGUCAUUGGCUGGGUUGAACAUGGUUGGGUUGUGCUUGAUCAGUUGUGUCUCUUUUGCCAUUACAUACUGAAAUAAUGUUCACUUUCUAUUGUUUUUUGAAAGAAAUUAACAGGAAAUUAAUCAAAGAUUAUCUACAAAAUAAUCCUGCCAAUUACAGAUUUUGCAUGUGGAAGAAGUAAAUUCACAUUUCUGAAUGUUAACUGUGAGACGUUUUUUGUUUGCCAUACUGUGGCACCACUGUCUACUAGAUGGAGAAUUUAUCCAAGAGCUAUUUUUGCCCCCCUCCCUAAAAAAAAAAUGUGUCUCGACCCACAAAACAUAUUUUAGCCUUAAAUUAGCCUUUCAAGAUUAUCAGUAAGCCUAAAUGCGCAAUCGUUGUUGUCAAUUUCCAUUUUUGUAGUUUUAUUGGGGAUGCUAUAACCAACAGAACACAAAACUUGCAUUAGAAUAGUAAUUUAGAACUAUGUGCAGGCCCUCCUGAGUUCUUCCUAAGUCUGACAAAAUUAAUAAAAUAAAAAGUAGCCUACUUUGAUAAUGAAUAAAACAUUAAUCCAGCCUUAGCUUUAAAAACAGUAAAAGAACAUUUUUCGGUGUGAGACAUGACGAUACCUGCUCAGGGUCAUUCAAUUCACUGACAAAGUCAUAACUUGCUAGGACAGAUAGUAUUCUGUGUCAUUCAGACAAUGCAUGUAUCACCCUAGUUCUACAUAAGUGAUUAAAAAAAACUUUAUUCAUAUACAUAAUAAAAUGUUUUGUCAAACCCAUGACAGGAACCAGAGAGCCUUGUGAAGCUCCAGAGCCACGGUUUGCUGACUCAUGCACUGGAGAAUAUUUCAUUUUUUGCCUUUACUGGAGAGAAUAACUGAAGAUGGGACAGGGUGGGGGGGUGACAGGUGGGGGUGUGCGACAUGCACAGGAGCUCAGAGUCAAAGUUAUGCUGUUGCUAAGGACUCAGUAUAAAUAUAUGGGCUGCAUGCUAUACUAGGUGAACUAUCGGGGACAUAAGCCCCUUUUUUCUUGGAGGACGAACAACAUUUCUCCAGUGUGUUUGCCUCUGAGGGGGAUGUUUUCCUUUUUGCAAAUGAUAGAUGAUCAUUGGUGUAUGAGUGUUUUUUCUCCUCUGUAUAGUGGGAGACUAGCAGUGGGACAGACAAGAAUAACAGCAGCAAGUAACUGUUCAUAGAAAUAAGGGAAGCAGCAGUCUUCUCUUCCCUGCGGCUGUCAUAGUUACAUUAGACACCAUGGUGUUCAAAAGUACAAAGCUGUGUUCACAUUAUUUAAAACAAGAGUCUUGUGUUUAAUUAAUUAAAGUUUGACAAGACAAGGUACAGCAGCAAGGCAACAGUUUUACACAGAAUGAGUUCAGAAAUGUGUCAAACAUAACAGCUUUAUUUUUUUUGUGAGUUACACUUUAUGUUGUCCGAAUUGGGAUUUUCUUCUUGAAUGGACAAAGCAGCCUAUGACUUGGUGUUUAUAUCAAUAGUCCAAAUACAUUUUAUUUGUAGAAGUCCUGGGGAGAAUAUUUGUAUAGAUAGCAGUUUGGGUAUGUCUCAAGGAAGGAAUGCAAAUGUCCAACAUUUGCAUUAACUUUUUACAGUGUGUAUUUUAGUCUGCAUUUAAUGAAUGUUUGUAAAAAGGUUAUCCAAAUCCAGAUUUUAAAUAAAUAUUUUGCAAAGUUUCAAAGA